UACUUGGGUAAGGUAAUCUGAAAAUUGUACUUUGAAGAGGCAUCUUCUUUCAAGUAAGGGUACCACAUGAUGUAAUUCGUUCCCCAGAUAUUGUUGAUGAGGUUGAAUGCGAAACCCUGGUCCACAUCUGGCUGCUCCAUGGGGGUAGGAAACGGAGUGGGAGCUCCAACACACAGCAGACUAGUAUCUUGGGCAUAGAAACUGGGACCAUUAGUGUACGUGAUACCCCAGUCACUGCCGUGGAGGUGCUUACUCCCAUUCUUCAUCACGUCCAGUACACUAACGUAUUCUCCCAGCUUGCUCACCAGCAUGGCGGACGGGUUCUGGACGAGUGGGUUGAAGACAAGCGAGAGAGAUUCGGGGAUCCUGGUGGCAGUCUUGUUCGUGAGAUAGACUGUUAGGUUAAGAGUGAGGGGCUCAGCGGUUGACAGGGUCUUGGGUAGUGCUACCUGUGUCCAGAACUCUUCUGCACCUCCGAAAUCUACUGUUACUUCUUUGGAGUCAAACACAGAGCGAAGAAGGAGGGUGCAUGUGUCUCUGUCUUCCCUGUACCAGAGGCUGGUGGGCUGCGGAUGAACUGAUAGCCUUACAGUACCGUUCCAGCCUGGUUUGCCAAAGUCCUGACGGGCAAACGAAGGUCGCGAGUCGUACAAAUACUCACUGAAAAACGUAUCGUAAUCUUGAGAUACGAAGGUCUGGUAUAAGAUUGCGGCUAGUUGGUGAAGGUUACUGUCGGCAUACGACACAGGCUUUGACGGUUGACGCACAUCCUCCAGAUGCACAAUACCACCAGUCCUAUUAGAAAACUGAACCUCGAGCCCACCACAUUGCACAACCUCAGAGAUAUUCUCCAGCAACUUGUAUCCCGUGACAUCAAUAGUACCACCGAACCUCAUGGCAGCCACUGAACUCUCUAUCUCAGCUCUAAGCGGGUGGUCUCCUAGCAGGUCCACUGGAAAUGUAUUCCCCCAGAGUCUCUGCUCAAUCCACGAGUUUGUCACAUCGACAAAUUUGGGGUCAGUGUGCUGCAGGGAGUGGAACUUAUCAUUCUCCCAGUUGGUGGUGUCAUUGAGAAAUCUCUUAAUGUCCUUGCCCCACGUGUGCUCUCCACUCUUUAGCAGCAUUGUUGAGAAUGCCACAAACCUCGCGUCAUUCAUCGAGCACGCUCCACUCUCGAGACAUUUGCUGCGCAGUCUCAUAGCUUCCCGAGUCACGGCAGUUUUCCACGGAUCGGAGGCUACUCCCUGUAUCCACGUGUCUCCUAUCUCACCACUGUACACUGGCAGACCAGACUUGUACUUUACUAGUUCACUGACAAAUUGAUCGUAGCCAGAUGCUACUACUCUAGCACCGGGGAACAGUUCGUGGAGCGUGGCAUAGUUCCUCAGAACCUCAAGAGCACUCGGAGGACCACUGUUGUCACCACGAAUGGCAAAAGCUAGAGCGACGGGCAUCCCGGGAACUGUGACCACACUGUCGAGACUUGGUCCAUUUUGACCCCCGUAGCCAUGGGGGUGCCACAUGGCGACCACCUCGGUCUGGGAGACAGGGUCCUGCCAGCGGAAGACAGACGGUACCACCGGUGGCAUUGAAACUGUGUUGACUCCCACUGUGAUGGCCUGAACACCGUUGGAGACUAGGAGAGGGAUGACAGAACGUGUCAUGCCCGGGACAUCCCGCUGACUCAUCGUGAUCGUGGAGUUGCGUCCAAACAGUUUGUCCAGCUGAUGAGUAAGUUGGAAACCAAAACUUGCCAGGGAAGAGUCGUAAAACUCCACCUCUGAGUUGAACGGGAAGGCGUGCCAGGUGAUGUGGCCGCUCUUGACGGCCGCCGUGAAAUUCUGCACGGCCUGACUGCCGGGGCAGUGGAGGCCCAGCUCGGGGUAGCAGUUGAGGUAGAGCCAGACGAGAAACGGGUGAGUGGUAAAGACAAGCGUCUCUGACAGCCCGGCCUGUUGCAGUUGAUCCACAAUCUUCGGGACGGCCGGGAAAUAGGUGUCGAAGUACUCGUUGACGAUGUUGGCUGCCGUAUUGGCGAACCCCACGUCCAGGUGGCAGGAGGAGACCAGGUACACCGUGGUGAUGUUGGUGGUUGAUGGGUCGUUUGCUGGCUUGGUAAAGACUGCACAGCAAUAGCUGACGAGGUAGGCAAAGAAGACCAUAUAAAGGAGGCUUCCCAUCUUCUUUACACUAUGCCACGUUCGUGGGGAACAGAAACUGCGUCGGUGUAUUACAACCAUGCAGCCGUGAGGGCGGGGCUCAUUGGACACGCAUGAGUAUGAGGUCACUUACAAUUUACGGACGGAGUUUACGGAUAUUUUGUUUUUUGCGCGAGACAGAGCAGACAGUGCCUUGAGAUGGCUGGAAGAAUGGCUGCCUGGGGGACGAAAGUCGUGUCAAAAACGACAUCAGGAACCCUUGCGCUGUCGAGGGUGGCUCAGCCUCACCUACAGACGUUUUGGGGACAUGCGAGAGUGGAGUUAGUGCCGCCUACACCGUCACAAUGGCCAGCCAUUCGACAGGGUUUUGGCAAUCUGUUCAACUCCACUCUGUCUGGCAAGUUCUUGGACUGCAGUGUCAAGGAAGCAACCAGGAACAGUCUGGUGGCCGUGGAGAUUGCCUGCUGGUUCUAUGUCGGGGAGAUGAUCGGGAGAAAGAGCAUCAUUGGCUACAAAGUCUGACAGCUACGAACCCACUGCAGACUUUCGCCGUCUAGUCCACAAUAUCUACAUAGCCCAUGUCUGUUAUCAGGUGUUUAGUUUGAGAUUAUAUUUAAUGGAAAUACGAGCAUAAAGAACCAA